AUGGGCGAAAUUGUAAAUGAUAACUUAUUAGACGAUAUUCGGUUUUUUUAUUAUUUUUAUAACAAAGAGAUCCAAUUUAUUUGCUUUAUUUUUAUUUCAUUGUUUGUUCUUUAUUUAUUUUAUAACAAAUUUGUAGAGCAUAGAUUAGACCCUUAUAGAUCGGUUGAUUUAAAGUGUUUUUUUUGUCAUGUGUAUAAUCCGAUACCAUAUAUUUAUAAAAAUCAAUGGUCUUGCACUCAUUGCGGACAAUACAAUGGAUUCACUAAAGAUGGCGACUAUAAUACAGUUUUACCAUUAAUGCACGAAAUUCCAAAAUCACCAAUAAAAUUAGCAAUGGAAAAUAAAAAACCAAAUAAUAAUAAUAAUAGCAAUAACAAUAAUAAUAAUAAUAAUAAUAAAAAUAAAAAUAAUCCAUUGUUAUUGGAUGAUUUAUCACCAUCACCAUUUAAAAUAUCACCAUUAAAUUUAUCGCCCGUAUCAAAAUCAAAAAAUAUGGUUGAUGAAAAUCAAAGAUAUCAACAUCAACAAAACCAGCAUUACUCAUCACAGCUUUGUACAAACUGUCAAUAUCAUUUACAAAACAAAUUAGAUUUAUCAAAAUCAUACAAUGCAAUAAAUGACGAAGAUUUAGAAAACUAUUCAAAAAAACUAGAGAGUGAAUUUAAACUAUGCCAGGAUUGUUCUCAAAUAACCAAAAAUGAAAUUAAUAAAAUAGAUACAUAUAUUAUUUCAACAUAUUCAAAAAAUUUAGGAGUAAAUCAAAUACCAAUUCCAACGAUAACAAGGAAGGAUCCUAUAUUAACAAGAUUUUCAAAAUUAAUAAAGAAAAAUUCAUAUAAAUUUUCAAUUCUUUUCAACUCUCUCAUCUAUAUAUUUUCAGUUACAAUGUUUUUAAAUUCAAUUCUUUUAGUUGGAAAAUAUCAAUUUAAAGUUAAUCUUAUAAAUAGUGAAGAAUGGAUAUUGGCUUCACUUUUAGGUUUCAAAGUUUUUUUUAAGUAUUUUAAACGUAACGUAGAAUUGGAAGCUAUUAAAACAAUACUUAAGAACCCAAGAACCAAUAUUUUAACAAAAGAAUUUAUAUUUUAUACUUCUUUAAUUGUCUUUAAAUUCAUGACAAUUAAAUAUCCAACUAUCAAUAAUCAACAGGACUCAGUUCUUAUAAACAUUUGGAAUCAAAUAUCAAAUAACAUUGUUUUUUCAUCAAUGUUUUAUAUAAUAUUACUAUUUGUACAUAAAUCAGAAACAGCUUAUAAAUUACCAAAACCUAUUUUUACAAAUAAAAUUCAAGAUAUUGAUAAUAGUAAUGGCUAUCAUAAUAAUAGUAAUAAUAAUAACAAUAAUAAUAAUAAUAUAGAAAGUUUAGUUAAUUUAUUUGAUGGCUCUAAUAGUAGAAAGAUUUCAACUCCUGCAAAAAACCCAUUCAAUAAUUCAGUAUUUGAAGAUCCAACAAACAAUGAAUAUAAUGCAAAAUUGUCAAAAUCAAAUAAUUUUUUUGCUGAAGGUUUAAUAUCGUCAUUAAAUAUUAAUGAAAAACAAGAACCAAAACAAGAAUCCCAGGGAAACAAUGUAGAUAAUUUUAUAAAGUCAGUUUUAAAUAAUAUUUUUCAAUUUCUAUUAGGUAUCAUUAGAGAUACUUUAUCAUUUUUAAAAAAAUAUGGUCAAUUUAUUAUGGGCUUUGGUUUAUGUUUUAUCCUAAUUGUAUACAAUCACCAAAUCCAACAUUUUUUAAAUAAUUAUCUUUAA